AUGUAUUUCACUAGUCUCACUCAGACUGUGCUGGCUGGCCUCGCGUUCCAUGCUGGUACGGCAGCCGCCAUUUUCGAGUGCAACCCAGACCAGCAUGCCUUCGAUCCCACCAAGAACAAGUUUGUGGUUCACUACACUUCCAUCCGCGACUCCAACUAUGACAAUGGUCAACCUUGGGUGCGCAUUUGUAUGCCAAAGGGCGACUUGAGCGGCUGGAUUGACGUUGACCCGCUGCAAACGCCUUGCUCAGAUAAUCCUGCCACCCAUCUGACUGUGUCUCAGACGGGUCUCCACCAUGAGCUGGUUGUGACAAAUGGCGAGGGAUGUGACUCUGGCAGCGGGCAUGGCCUGAAUGGUGCAUCUAUUGCGUACAACGACCAGGUGGCCGUCUUGGAAGGUUCGAACGGUCGUUGUGGAGACCGUGAUCACGGCGUGUCGUGCGAAUUUGACUUGGACUAA